AACGCCAUUUUCACCCUCCCACCUUAAAUCUCUCUCUCUCUCUCUCUUUCCUACACUCCAAAUCCCACGCUCCUCUGCUUCGAGAUCCCAUCUCGAAUCCCACGCUCCGGCGGGUCGGUAAGGGCGGGGGGGAAGGAGAACAUGGGUUUCCCGGCGAACGGCGGCCCGGCGAGCGGCGGGCCCCUCAAGUUCCUGAUCUACGGGCGCACCGGCUGGAUCGGGGGCGUCCUGGGCCGCCUCUGCGAGUCCCAGUCCAUCGCCUACGCCUACGGCUCCGGCCGCCUCCAGGACCGCGCCUCCCUCGAGGCCGACAUCGCCGCCGCCGCCCCCACCCACGUCUUCAACGCCGCCGGCGUCACCGGCCGCCCCAACGUCGACUGGUGCGAGUCCCACAAGGUGGAGACCGUCCGGACCAACGUCGUCGGCACCCUCACCCUCGCCGACGUGUGCCGCGAGCGGGGCCUGAUCGUCGUCAACUACGCCACCGGCUGCAUUUUCGAGUACGACGCCGGCCACCUCCUCGGGUCCGGCGUCGGGUUCAAGGAGGAGGAUACCCCCAACUUCGUGGGGUCCUUCUAUUCCAAGACCAAGGCAAUGGUUGAGGAGUUGCUCAAGAACUACGAGAAUGUUUGCACCCUGCGUGUCCGGAUGCCAAUCUCGUCCGACCUGUCCAACCCCCGCAACUUCAUCACCAAGAUCACCCGCUACGAGAAAGUGGUCAACAUCCCCAACUCGAUGACCAUCUUGGACGAGCUCCUCCCCAUCUCCAUCGAGAUGGCGAAGAGAAACCUCACUGGAAUCUGGAACUUCACGAACCCCGGAGUGGUCAGCCACAACGAGAUACUCGAGAUGUACCGCGAGUACAUCGACCCGAGCUUCACCUGGAAGAACUUCACUCUCGAGGAGCAAGCGAAGGUGAUCGUUGCUCCCAGAAGCAACAACGAGCUCGACACGACUAAGCUGAAGCGGGAGUUCCCUGAGCUGUUGCCCAUCAAAGAGGCCCUCAUUAAGUAUGUGUUCAAGCCGAAUCAGAAAACGGGUGGAGCUUGAUGCUUGUGUCUUAAGUUACCUUUGGGGUAUUGCGUCAAUAUUAAUUUUACUCGGGUUUUUUCCGCAUUAUAGCGUGCAUCCAUCAUCCAAGCUCCUCUUGCUGCCGGGAAUCCAAGAUUAAUUAGCCUCGGCUCUUGGUUUGUAUCUGUAUCUUCUUAAUUUGUAUUGAUUUGAUCAUUAAUAAGUUGUUUGGAACUUGGAAGUGA